ACACACCAAAUGAAUCCCACACGAUCCUACUUACACAAUUAAGCAUUACAUACAAGUCACAGAUUUAUUCCUUCGCCCUCUAAAUCUGUUUUCCAUUCUGCAUUCAUUUCCAUCUCUCUCUCUCUCUCUCUCUCUCUCUCAAAUUAUUAAUCUUCUUAUUGGAGUUCAUAUAUCCUCUCUAUCUUUCUUUCUCUCUCUCUGGAUAUCUAGGCUAGUCAAUACAAGCAUUCUUUCAGUACAUAAUAAAAUAUUUUCAAUCAUCACCAAAAUCACUGAUAAUUCCCUUAGUAAUUCACUCUCCAAAAUGGAUCUGAAUCUGAUGGCCAUAUUCCAUUUUUCUCCUCUGUACAUCACCCUCAUUAUGUUUACAAUUUGCAAAGGCAUAUCGGGAGCUACAUUUACAAUCAUAAACAAGUGCGACUACACUGUAUGGCCCGGAAUUCUAUCCAAUGCCGGCAGUAGCAGAUUAGACAGCACCGGCCUCCAACUCCAACCCGGCGCCUCCCGUUCAUUUCAAUCCCCACCCAACUGGUCAGGCCGAUUCUGGGCUCGAACCGGUUGCAACUUCGACCCCACCACCGGUCAGGGCACCUGCACCACCGGCGACUGCGGCUCCAACCAAGUCGAGUGCAAUGGCGCCGGCGCUAACCCACCAGCCACUCUAGCCGAGUUCACGAUCGGCGGCUCCGACAACCAGGAUUUCUACGACGUCAGCUUAGUGGACGGCUACAACUUACCCAUGAUGGUGGAGCCGAGCGGCGGGUCGGGUAGUUGUUUGUCGACCGGGUGCGCAACAGACUUGAACCAGCGGUGCCCGGCUGAGUUACGGGUCGGGGACGGCGCGGCGUGUAAGAGUGCGUGUGAGGCUUUUGGGAGCCCGGAGUAUUGUUGCAACGGCGCGUUUGGUACCCCCGACACUUGUAAGCCGUCGGUUUAUUCGGAGAUGUUUAAAGCCGCGUGUCCCAGAUCGUAUAGCUACGCGUAUGACGAUGCCAGCAGUACAUUUACUUGUACUGGAGCUGAUUACACCAUAACAAUCUGCCCUUCCACAACAAGGUAA